AUGUGCAAUAUGUCAGUCAGUGAUGACAUCAUCACGAUCCCAAAGCCUGCUCUUCUAGUGCCUGCUGAUCUGUGUCAGUGUUGGUGUGUUCUGUUUGUGUGUGUGUGGGGACUGGACUGCCUGUUGUCACAGCGUUUUAUCUCCCUCCCAUUGCCUGGGUAAUGCCAGCCUCGGAUCUGUCAGAGUGUGGAUCCAUCAUCCUCCACUCACUGCAACUGUCACCCUGCCACUGCCAGCCACAGAUACAGUCUGUCCAUGACACUGAUUUUGUCUUCAAUAUUGGUGCUGGUGGCAGGCACUUAU